UGCCGGCCCAGAACCCGUUGCCGAACUGUGGUCUUGUCUUCUUUCGCAAAGAAGGUUGGAUAUGGCUCCUGGUCGAGAACACGCCCUCGCGAUCCCAGAACUUUUGGAGAACAGCAUCGAAGGCCAGCUGGAGAGAUUUCAGCUUCAGCUCCAGAGGGGGAACAAAACUGUCGCGGGGAAGCAUCAACUACUCUCCCAAGUUCCGUGGCGAUUAUUCCUCGCAAACGUUUAUAUCUUAUACGAGCAGGAGAGGGAAGCACGACAGACGAGAAAGCGAGUGAGGAAAGAUCGCUGGCGCCCGAAAACUCCGAGCGCACGUCAAGCCACAGUGCUUGUUCUGUUUGUAGACAACCUCCUUCCUGUAUUGCUGACUGGUAUCACCAUCACUCGUCAGGAAGCUGAGGCCAAGUUUGAGCGAUGGUUACCACUCGGAAAGCGAUGGGCCAAACUUGUGCAGGCCUAUGGGCCUGCUAUCCUCUUACUUAUACCUUAUAGUCUGACUAAUGAAGGGCUUCGCACUACAGGACUCUCUGCGGUAGACGAUGCCGUAAGAUAUCUGAAUUCCUAUAGACCGUCUCUCGGGGCCGAUAUUCAUAACUUGACGCCUUUUCUUUACUCGAUAAUUGAAGAUCGGCCAUUACCAGAUCAAAAGCUGCAUCUCGAACUGCUGAUCGAGAGCCAAGUUGCAUCUGAAGAGCAUGCAACACAACCGCUGGAAGAACUAUUCAAAUUCACUGAUAAGUACUCAUACUUUAUGAGCGAGGCUGCUCCUGAUGCCUAUCAGUCCACUUUCGACGAUUUCAUCUCCUGGACGACACCAUAAGAACAGCUUAACAGUAACACGAUCAUCCCUGGCCAACUCGUCACGCGGAUGAAUGUAUCGGCUUGACUAGAGGACUAACACCUUUUACCAGCUAUGGACCCUUCCGAAAUGGACUCUUAGACAUUGAGUUUUCCGUUCAGUAACUAGAUCACUGAGUUUAAUGAAUUUAUGUACUUCCGGUC